UGGAGAAAACCCUAGGGUUUCGCAAUUUGACGAGGAGGGGCGAUCGACGCGGUGGCGCUCAUGGCGGAGAAGCUGCUCGACUUUGGGCAGCCAUUUGAUGUGCCGGUUCUCGACGCCACCGUCGCUGCCUUUUACGGGACGGGCUCCAAGGAUGAGAGAGCAGCCGCGGAGAAAAUCCUCACCCAGCUGCGGGACCAUCCCGAGACGUGGAGGAGGGUUGUGGACAUCCUCCAGACCUCCCAGAACCUCAACUCCAAGUUCUUUGCCCUCCAGGUAAUGGAUGGAUCAUUCGUGGCUUCUCACCGCCUCUCAUCGACGCUUCAGGUGCUCGAGUGCGUGAUCAAGUACCGCUGGAACAUCUUGCCUGUAGAACAGCGAGACGGGAUCAAAAACUACGUCUCGGACCUCAUCGUCAAGCUGUCCAGUGAUCCGGUGUCGUUCCGAGAUCAACGCUUAUACAUCAACAAGCUAAAUGUGGUGCUUGUUCAGGUUUUAAAACACGAGUGGCCAGUUAGAUGGCCGAGAUUCAUUCCCGACCUCGUCGUGGCGGCUAGAAGUAGCGAAACUCUUUGUGAGAACUGCAUGCUCAUUUUGAAGCUGCUAAGCGAGGAGGUUUUCGAUUUUUCUCAAGGCGAAAUGACCCAAAGCAAAAUCAAAGAGCUAAAGCAGUCAUUGAACAGCGAGUUCCAACUCAUUCACGAGCUUUGUCUCUACGUGUUAUCGGCAUCACAAAAGGCUGAUCUUAUACGCGCGACGUUGGCUACCCUGCACGCUUUUUUGUCAUGGAUACCUCUUGGCUACAUAUUCGAAUCUCCCCUGCUCGACGCAUUGCUGAAGAUCUUCCCCAUUGCGACAUUUCGGAACCUUGCUCUGCAAUGCCUGACAGAGAUCGGUACCUUGCAAUUCAACCAAAUCUACGACAACAACUUUGUGCGCCUGUACCAAAUCUUCAUAACGCAGCUUCAGGCAAUCCUUCCACCGGGAACAAAUAUUCCUGAAGCGUAUGAGAAGGGGGCGAACGAGGAUCAGGCGUUCAUUCAGAAUCUUGCGAUGUUCUUCACAUCGUUCUUCAAGUCGCACAUUGAGAUUCUGGAAGGCUCGAAUCAAGCACCACUGUUGCUGGGACUGGAUUAUCUCAUCAACAUAUCUUACGUCGAAGACAACGAGGUUUUCAAGGUGUGCUUGGACUAUUGGAAUUACUGGAUUGGCCACCUGUUCAAGGUUACAAUGGACACGCUCUCUCAACCUGUUGGUUUGCAAGUUGAUGGCAUAGGCUCCAACAGAAAAGAGCUGUAUGCUGUGCCACUCUCCAAAUUGAGACUGCUGAUGGUCAGCCGUAUGGCCAAGCCGGAGGAGGUCUUGAUUGUAGAAGACGAGAACGGGAACAUUGUCCGAGAGACCAUGAAGGACAACGACGUACUUGUUCAAUAUAAGAUAAUGCGGGAGACUCUAAUAUAUCUCUCCCACCUUGAUCAUGAAGACACAGAACAGCAGAUGCUGAAAAAGCUAUCCAAACAGCUUAACGGGGACGAGUGGACAUGGAAUAACUUGAAUACUCUCUGUUGGGCCAUAGGGUCGAUAUCUGGUUCCAUGCAAGAGGACCAGGAGAAUAGGUUUCUGGUUACUGUUAUUAGGGACCUUUUAAACCUCUGUGAAAUAACAAAAGGAAAGGACAACAAAGCCGUUAUUGCAAGUAAUAUAAUGUAUGUUGUGGGACAGUAUCCCAGAUUUCUGAGAGCCCAUUGGAAGUUUUUAAAAACUGUUGUGAACAAACUGUUUGAGUUUAUGCAUGAGACCCAUCCCGGCGUCCAGGACAUGGCUUGCGAUACGUUCUUGAAGAUUGUCCAAAAAUGCAGGAGGAAGUUUGUCAUCCUGCAGGUCGGAGAGUCUGAGCCUUUCGUUUGCGAGCUCUUAAAGUUGCUUCCAAGUAUUAUUCUAGAUCUUGAAAAUCAUCAGAUCCAUACUUUUUAUGAAGCGGUGGGAUCUAUGAUUCAAGCCGAGUCAGAUCCAUACAGACGGGAAGAGUAUCUACGGAGCUUAAUGGAGCUGCCCAAUCAGAAAUGGGCGGAGAUAAUCAACCAAGCGCGGCAGAGUGUGGAUUUUUUGAAAACUCAGGACGUUGCGAGGGCCGUGCUUAACAUUUUGCAGACAAACACGAGUGCUGCAAACUCACUUGGACAGCCUUUUUUAUCUCAAAUAACUCUAAUUUACCUUGAUAUGCUCAACGUUUACAGAAUGUAUAGCGAACUUAUUUCAAGCAGUAUUGCUGGAGGCGGUCCAUACGCAUCUCGCACCUCUUACGUGAAGCUUUUGAGAUCUGUGAAGCAGGAGACGUUGAAAUUGAUUGAGACGUUUAUAGAGAAAUGUGAAGACCUGGAAAUGGUUGCAAAGCAGUUUGUUCCGGCAAUGAUGGAUCCCAUACUCGGUGACUAUGCUAGGAACGUUGCCGAUGCACGUGAAUCGGAAGUGCUAUCGUUGUUCGCUACGAUCAUUAACAAGCUUACCGGCUCUAUGAUCGAGGACGUCCCUCGGAUAUUUGAAGCAGUCUUUGCAUGCACGCUAGAGAUGAUUACCAAGAAUUUUGAAGAUUAUCCGGAACACCGACUGAAGUUUUUCUCUUUGCUUCGGGCUAUAGCAUCGCAUUGUUUUCGGGCGCUUUUCUCUCUCUCGUCUCAGCAAUUGAAGCUUGUGAUGGAUUCGAUAAUCUGGGCGUUUCGGCAUACAGAACGAAAUGUUGCCGAAACAGGACUGAACUUGUUGCUGGAAAUGCUCUCCAACUUUCAGGCGUCCGAGUUUUGCAACCAGUUCCAUCAAAGCUACUUCCUUACCAUUGAACAGGAAAUAUUUGCUGUUCUGACCGACACGUUCCAUAAACCCGGCUUCAAGCUUCAUGUUCUCAUUCUUCGGCAUCUUUUCUGCCUGGUUGAUUCCGGAGUGUUGACGCAACCUUUGUGGGACGUGAGCGUAGCUGGACCUACUGCUUACGCAAACAACAUGCUUUUUGUUCGUGACUAUACUAUUAAACUCCUUCACUCCUCGUUUCCGAACAUGACGCUUUCAGAGGUGACGAUGUUCGUGAACGGUCUUUUCGACAACAGAAACGACCUGGUCGGGUUCAAGAACCAUCUACGGGACUUUUUGAUCCAGUCGAAGAAGUUUUCCGUCCAGGACAACAAGGACUUGUAUGCGGACGAAGCAGCAGCACAGCGAGAAGCGGAGAGGCAAAGAAUGCUUAGCGUCCCCGGGCUGAUUGCUCCGAACGAGAUCCACGACGAGAUGUUGGACACCUGACCAUUGAUCGCUGACACACACACAAGACAUUUCUACGCUGCAGCGGCACCUACUGGUGAUGCUUCUGUGGGCAGUGUGAGAGAGAGUGCAUUGGUGCAGGUUCAGGAAGGAGUCCUGGUAAAAUGCCCUGCCUGCUUAGCUUCUCAGCAAGGCACACUGCCGGAAUGGUGGCUGAAGUGGGACGAGGCGAGGAGAGGAGCUUGGAUUUUCGUAAACUACGUUUCCUUGAGAAGUCUUUAGGAACGGGGGACGGAGGGAGGGGGACAUGAACAGCAACAACAGGUGAAGCUGGGCGUGGCACACGCCACAGCGAAUGAUCCUUUGGCUCUAGUGUGCUUUAGUGGUGGUGCUACCAUACUACUUUUUACAAGAUAUGGCGAGAGAGAGCAACAUUUUUUGUCCCUGCUAUCGUGUAAGUAAAAAAAGGCAAGCAAAAAAGUCCAGGCAAAG